AUGAAGUUCGUUAUUAUUACUCUCGCACUUGCCGCUGGCUGCAACGCUUUCCUCUUCGGAGGUGGAGGAUGUGGUGGAGGAUGUGGUGGUGGAUGUGGCGGUGGACUCGCUCUCCCAUCUUUCCCAUCUCUUCAACUUCCUAGCUUCGGAGGCUGUGGAGGAGGUUGUGGUGGUGCUCCAUCAGGAUGUGGAGGACACGCCGCCGCACCAGUUUACUCUGCCCCAGCUCCAGCCUACGCUCAACCAGCUCCAGUUUACUCUGCUCCAGCUCCAGUCUACUCUGCUCCAGCUCCAGUUUACUCCGCUCCAGCCCCAGUAUACAACCCAGCUCCAGCUCCAGUCUACAACCCAGCUCCAGCCCCAUCUUUCGCUCCAUCCGGAGGGUAUGCCUCUGCCGGUGCCGGAGCCCCAAUUAGCACCGGAUACGCUCCAUCAGGAGCCGGAGCUCCAUUCGGAUCAGGAUAUGCUCAAGCUCUCCCAGCUGCCGCUCCAGUCCAAUCUUUCGCCUCAGCUCAAUCUUUUGCUCCAGUAGCUCAAUCUUACGCUCAAUCCACUGGAGUUCAAUCUGCCCCAGUUGAGGGUCUCUCUGGAGGCGCUCCACUCCCAAUCGGAGGAGGAUAUGCUCAAGGUGGAUCUGCUCCAGUCUCCGGAGGUGUUUACGGAGAUGCUUUAGCUCAAGCUCCAAUUCAAAGUGCCCCAGUCGGUCAAUCUUCAUACCAAGCUCAACCACAAAUCGGAGGAGGAAGCUACGCCGUUGGAAAGUAA